UGGGGCAGCACAUUUAUUAGACACAGUAACAGGGAAAGACAGGGGAAACAAGCAGUUGUAAAGAAAAAAAUAGAAUGAGAGAGGGAGUUGGAUACAAGCUGUCAGAAAAGAGAGAUAAACAAAGAGUAUAGAUAAACACAAAACUAUUGCCACCAUAUGGUUACACACCCUACUCAGAUCCAUUGCUCUUCAUCACCUUCUUCGCCAUCCUCUGAAGUCUUGAUUGUGUAGUAAGAGCUGAUAACCCUCACUAUGGCUAAGGAUGGCAGUUCCCUCCUCCAUUAUCUCAACAAGUCCACUUCCACCUCUAUCCUCUUCACCAAAGACACUGUUGAGGAUUCCAGCAUCGUGAGUAAUGACGCCACCACAGCCAUAGGAGCCCUCAUCUUGGGCCUGGUCUUCCUCCUCGGCGUCCCAGGAAACCUCUUCAUCAUUUGGAGCAUCCUGGCCCGUGCCCGCCAACGCUCCGUUACCACCCUCCUCAUCCUCAACCUCGCGUGCGCCGAUGGCUUUCUCAUGUGCCUUACCAUCUUCUUCCUAAUUUAUCUGGCCAGGCAGAACUGGGACUUUGGCGACCUCAUGUGCAAAGGACUGUUUUACCUGUGCAACACUAACAUGUACGCCUCCAUCUUCCUCAUCACGCUGAUGAGCCUGCACAGGCUAGUUGCAGUGGUGUGGCCCCAUCGAGUGGCGGCCCUGGCCAGCAAGAAGAUGGUGGUGCGGGCAAUAGCUGUGCUCUGGGCCCUAGUGUUCUCAAUUUCUAUCCCUGCUCUGGUGUUCAGGCAGGUGAGGUAUGAUCAUGAUGAACAGAACAACACCCGCCUGGUGUGUGCCUCAAAUCACUCCCGGUCUCGAUAUGUGGUGUACCAGUACACCUUUGAGACAGUAGUGGGAUUCCUGGUUCCGUACGGGGUUAUAGUGAACAGCUACGUCUGCAUCCUGAGACGCCUCAGACAGACCAAGUUCCGUCGUAAGGUCCGCAGUGAGAAACUCAUCCUGGCCAUCGUUGUGAUGUUUGGCAUCUUCUGGUUGCCAUAUCACCUCAUUAACAUAAUACAGGUGGUGGCUGAACAGUUUGAUGACAGCUCACCAACAAAAAAGAGACUAGAUAUGGUAUGGCAGCCCAGUCGUGCCGUGACCUCCGCUCUGGCCUUCAUCAGCAGCUGUGCUAACCCUAUACUCUACACCUUUGCUGGAAAAUCCUACAUCAAAGAGGACGGCAUUGCCUUCAUGGCUCGGCUCUUUGAGGGGACAUCUCUGGACACUGGGAUAAAGAAGGGAAUUGGACUAAAAGAUGCGUUGUCUUUCAGCAGCACUGGGGGCAAUGCUGUGAAGAACGAAAAACAGACACUUGUGUAGAGUUGCACUGCAGAUGCUAUCCACUCAUCAUGACGAUGCACUGCUGCACACAGACUGCUUCGAAACCUUUACCUGUCCAAAUGGGACCAUCUGAAAGAAUCCCUACAAUAUUCAGUGCACCUUGUGUUAGACAAGUUUCUCAGUAGACCCAAAUUCACUGCCACUAAUCUUUGUAAAUGCGUUUUGUAAAUGUGCCCCCCCCCAAAAAUUAAAAUACUUUUAAUAUACACUGCUUGUACUGCUUGAAUGUUUGUUGCAUCCCAUGUUGUAAAUACCACUUAUAAUACUGUGGAAUAUUGUGAUUAAAAUAAG